UCAUACCAUCGUCUUAAAAACGUUUCACGAGUGCGUGUUCUUUCUUGGGACCGUCGUCCAAUUUUCUGCUUAGUGCUGCUAACAAGCCAACCAUGGAGUUUAGGAAGCUAAUCUUGAUGCUGAAUAUUUUGGGAUUAAUGGCCAAUGGAGAAAUUGGCGGUGCAAGAGAUGUUGAUAGAGUUGACCGGCAAGAGAUAAAAAGUUGCAAGUUCCCAGCAUUAUACAACUUCGGCGACUCAAAUUCUGACACAGGAGGACGGUCUGCGUCCCUGGACAUGGUGGCUCCGCCUAAUGGUGAAACUUUCUUCAAAGCACCUUCAGGCAGGUUCUGUGACGGUCGCCUCAUAAUAGACUUCAUGGCCGAAGAAUUGGGCUUGCCAUACUUGAGUGCAUAUCUCGACUCGAUUGGUUCAAAUUUUCGACACGGUGCAAAUUUUGCAACGGGAGGCUCAUCCAUCCGUCCUGGUGGCUAUAGCCCGUUUCACCUGCAACUCCAAAUCGGUCAAUUUUUACAGUUCAAAUCUCGAACCACUUUGCUCUAUAAGCAACUCAGUGACAACAAUCAUUCAGCAAAAAGCCCACCUCUCCAGAGCAGACUUCCUAGGCCCCAAGAUUUCUCAGAUGCCCUAUACACAUUUGACAUCGGACAGAAUGACCUUGCUUAUGGUUUUGAACAUACCUCAGAAGCAGAAACCCGAGAAUCUAUCCCCAGUAUGCUAGACAAGCUUGGCGAAGCAAUUCAUCAACUUUACAAGGCAGGGGCAAGAAACUUUUGGGUGCAUAAUACAGGCCCAAUUGGUUGCUUGCCCUAUAGUGUCAUAUACUAUUUGCCCAAGCCUCGCAAUUUGGACGGGAAAGGGUGCGUAGAGCCUCAGAACAAGGUAGCUCAGGAGUUCAAUGAGCAGCUGAGGAGAAAGGUUCUCCAGCUCAGGGCACAACUUCCAGCAGCAGCAUUAACAUACGUGGACAUGUACUCUGCUAAAUACUCGCUAAUCAGCAAUGCCAAAAAAUUAGGUUUUGAGGAUCCUUCGCAAUUCUGCUGUGGCAGUUAUUACGGUUAUCACAUUGGUUGUGGAGAGAAAGCAAUAGUAAAUGGAACUGUGUACGGUAAUCCCUGUCCUAAUCCAUCUGAGCAUAUUAGCUGGGACGGCAUACAUUACUCUGAGGCUGCCAACGCUCUGCUUGCGAAAACUGUUCUUGAUGGCUCUCUAGCGGACCCGAAAGUUUCAGUUGGAGAGGCUUGCCACAGUUCCAUGACAUAAAUAAUUAAAUAAUUUUCGAAAUUACCAUUCAGGUUGUAUGCAUCACAGACAGUUGAACAGGAGUGAUCAACAAGGUUUCUUGAUUCUUGAUAGAGGAAAAUGGCGUAGGAGUGAAAAAUGGAAGUUGGACCCAUGAAAUAAGUAGUUCGAUCUCCAUUUCAGAUGUUUACAGCAUAUAUAUAUAUGAAAGAGAAAUCUUUUGACGAUGACUGGGGAAGAUAGGAGCCCUCGAUCCUCCUUUGCGUUUAGUUAAUGUUUCCAUAUUACGGCCCUGUAUGUUGGUCUUCUAAUAAUAAAUCAGUUUGGUUA